AUGGAACCUGCGGCGGCAGAUGCUCGCGCCUUACAGAGUACGUCAACGCGCAACUCUGCGGCGACGGAUCAACCAGCGGCCAAAGCUCCUGAAUAUCCAACUUUCCUCAACGUUACCGGAGGUUCUCUCCCGCGCCCAGAUACCACCAACAUUGGGGACGACGACGAGAGGCUCGGAAACGACGAAUGCCGCCCUGUCCUCACGCAGAGCUACAGCCUGUACAAGGUGGCGGAUAUGCGCCUGUACUACGUGAAUCCGUCGGAGGUGGAGACGAGUUCUACAGCCAUGUUUUUAGGGGGCGUGCUGGGUUUGCGCCCGUUAUGA